AUUUGGACUUUCAUUACACAAGUUCUGACAACUGACAUGUUGUAUCGUUCUUGUAGGUCCUAGUUUACUUUCUCGCUUGGUUGACCUGGUGUAAGGCCGUGAAUUGUACGCAAACAUGUGGGGCGUUAUUCCGCAAUUUGCACCAAUUGAUGAAGACGGCAUAAGUUUUUGACACCGUGUCGGGAACUAAGCGAUCGGAGGUGCAGUGCUUACAUGAACUUCGGAGGCAUUUUAUCUCGGGUCGACUGGUGAUAUAAUAAGAAACACAGUUGUGAUCUUACGUUACACGUUGUGUUGAUCAUUUAGAGUGUUUGUGUGUGUGUCCAGCAGCGUCUGUUACGAAAGAACACUUCUCUGUCAAUUGUAUCCGAAGCUGAGCGAUAAGAGUUCACGAGGUGACGGGAUGUUUCAUUGGUGUAGCCAAUCAGAAUGAGUUCGCUGUCCGCGAUGGGACUGUCAGAUCUACGCCGUCUGUGAGCAGCUGUUAACGUUUUAACCACACGAAUUCGUGUUUCGGAUUUUGUUAAAGAGUCCAGACAGCAACAGAAUUAAUCUGGUAAAGAGACGCUGAAUGUAUUGGGACACGGAACCACCACCACCCGUUAAUCAUCAACCUCGUACGAUUGAUAACACAGAGUACCAGUACUCUGGAAGCAAUUUACAGUUUAAACCUUUAGGCGCGUGUCAGAGGGCCCCUUCGCGUCGUCGCUUCUACUGGAUUCCGAAACGUGAACGCAAGAGGAUUUUACCGUCUCUUCGUCUAGGUUGUGGCAUUGUAUGCAGUCAGAGUUGGUUUUUUACUGACAGGAACAUCUAGGCCGCCUACGUAAAUUUAAAAUUUGCAGUCACAUAUGUACGCUGGUUACUGCGUUCUAGGACGGAUAUAAGACAUUUGCCAAGCCAAUUGUGGGUUUAAUCAUUGAUGAUAUUGCUGAAGAUUUGCAAUAGAUUGAUACAGUCUUGCAUCUCUAGUGAUGUUUGUUUGAUUACGGAGGUGCAGACUGUUAACGAGUCUGUUUACCCAAUGAAAGGCUUCUGGAGUCUGUGCAAGUGUUUUGCUAAAUCCUAAGAUAGUUUUAGGAGUCUCUUUAUAACAACUUGGCACAUAUUUGUGUGCCUCAACAUCUCGUGAUAAUAUUUGAUCUCACUUCCUACUACAACCUGAAUUUCGUUUUUAUUUUGUUACCCAAAGUGGUCAUGGUGAUGGUUGUGUAUAGAGCCAGAAGAUUUUGUGAGCAGAAAAAGCAACAGAGUCGACAGAGAAAAAGUCGUCACCCAGAGGACCUUGCCCCUUGUAUUAGUAUCGCCGUCAUCAAACCUCCAUGUACAGGAAGUCAGACGUGGUGUGUUGAUCCAGAGUCCCAUCGCUUGGCCCUCAGUGCGAAGGAGAUCACGGUCCUCGAAAGAAGUUGAAUUCGUAAUAAAAAGAACGCAGAUUUCUUCAAAGAAUCAUAAAUGGUAGUGAUUUUCAUGGGAUACCAACUUCAUCUGCCAACAAAUAGUAUUAUAUAUGCGUAACUACUGCUUUUUUUGAAAUUGUUUUUGUUUCUAAGUUAUCUGUAGUACAAUAACUAAGUCUCUCACGUGCAGUAGAAGGCAAAGUGAUGUUUCGUGUGACUGGAAGGCUGGCAGUCUCUUCAGAACAGUUCCAGAUUUUACUUCAAAUUUUGAAGACCAAAUAGCACAUUCCAGUGAACAUCCUUCAAAAAGUUUUGUACCGAAACAAGAGUCUAAAUUUCAGAAGUUCUUCUCACUGCCGUGCGUAAGGAAGUCCGUCGGUAUCUACGGCCGACAAAUGCGUGUCCUCAAAGGCAUGGAAGUUCAGGUGAUAUUAAAUGAUGUUGCUGGAAUCAUGGAUUUACCCUUUCCGGACAAUCAGCCAUUAGAAGCGCCUGAGAAUAACCCCGAAAGUAACGAUGAACAAGGGGGUAACAAAGUUCAAACGUGGUCAGACGCAAUUAGCCCCGCUUCAAGCUCCACUGAAAUAGCGUCGGAUGAUAAUGGAUCCGAUGAUCUUUUCUCCUGGCCAAAUGAAUUGAAAUUGGCUUUGAAUAACGUUAAGAAUAACCUGGCUGUUGCCGUCAGUAACACUUCGACGUCUGCGAGCAAUGGUAUAACAGUUCCUGGAGGACGGAAGAGGAAGAUGUGGGACUACACCGACGCUCCAGUUGCUAAGGCGCCGGUAUCAUCUCCUCAAGACAAACAGUAUCAUCAGUUGAAUGUAGCUGGUAAUCAGCAGAUGGUGAUUUCUGAGCCGCUUAUGAUUGGAGACUGCAGUAAUGGCGGUGGUACCAAGCUGAUGACAACGCUGUCUGGCUACAAAGACAACAAGGACCCUCUUUCUGGGAUCUCAGCACCGGCCAUGGGUGGGACAGAGCAGGACAAGGAAAAAGUCAAGAAAGGAGAAUCAGGGUCGUCUGCGAGUAGGAUGAGUAGCUGGCAGGUUGAGGACAUAGCGGAAAAUCUCGCAGCUGACCUCGACGGCAGUCUUUCCGGGCUGGGGGUCGACCUGAGCGGAGCACCCUAUAACAUGAGCGAGGCCCUUCUUGCACUGCCAUCUCUAACCGUGUUCAAACAGGAAGCCCCAUCGCCGUCGUCACAGAACGAUGCAGGCCCAAAAUUUAUCAAGAGGCUCAUACGUGUCCCUGCAAGUCCCUUCCAGUUCAUCACUGAAAAUGACUCAUUCAGUAUUAGGUUGCAGCAUGCCUGUCCAAACUCCAGCGGCACUGGUGUGGGAGAGGCAGAUUCGAACACGCCUACCACGAACAACACCAAGAACAGCAGCAGUAGAGGGGCGUCCCCACUCCACCAGCUGUUGCAACAACACAGCACCAGUGCUUUCACCAAUACUGUGUCUACGACCGUUCUAUCCAGUUCACCGACUCAGCACCUGCAGCUGGACUCCUGUGGUUCAGUGAGUCAGGCCAUAGUUGGGAGCACUACAAGUACACAUCCGGUUCUGAGUCACAUCGAGAAUUUCCAAGCUCGCACUCCUGGUGUGGUUACAACUUCGUCGUCAUCACCCUUAAGCAGUUCCUCUUCUCAACAGGAUGUAGGCAUUGACUGCAGAUUCCAGUACGUACUUGCGGCAGCCACUUCCAUCGCUACCAAAGUGAACGAAGAAACGCUGACUUAUUUAAAUCAGGGGCAGUCGUACGAGAUAAAGUUGAAAAAACUGGGGGAAUUAUCUGCCUACAGAGGGAAGAUUCUUAAGAGUCUGAUUAGAAUCUGCUUUCACGAGCGUCGGCUGCAGUACAUGGAACGUGAGCAGAUGGCUGCUUGGCAGGCGUCCCGACCAGGAGAUCGUAUCGUCGAAGUCGAUAUCCCUCUCUCAUAUGGUAUAUAUGAUGUUGUUCAGGAUCAGUACUUGCUGAACACUGUUGAAUUCUUGUGGGACCCCACAAAAGAAGUGGGAGUGUACAUCAAGGUAAACUGCAUUAGCACAGAGUUUACCCCAAAAAAGCAUGGCGGAGAAAAGGGGGUUCCAUUUCGAAUCCAAGUCGAGACAUACUUGCAGGGAGAGGGAACGCUAAGAAGAUUACAUGCUGCAGCGUGCCAGAUUAAAGUUUUUAAGUUAAAAGGCGCUGACCGUAAGCACAAACAGGACCGAGAGAAGAUACUGAAACGUCCCCCAUUGGAGCAAGAGAAAUUUCAACCUUCAUAUGACUGCACAGUGCUCAAUGAUAUUACUUCGGAGUCUCUGAAUACAAACUCCGUAAGUCCCGCAGUAACGUCUACAAGUUCCGGCGGAACCAGCUUUAGCCCACACUCUGAAAACCAGUAAGUAACACACCAUCAGUUUGUAUUAGUAUUCCUCAAAGGUCUUACUGAUGCACGUUCU